GGGAAUUUAGUCACAAGCCACAUUAGUUUUUCCUGUCGCGGGACGAGCGAGUACAUAUAAGUUUCGGUGGUCAAGGCUUGACCAGUCACGAUGAAUCCCGCAGCCAAAUGGAUUAUGUUCGUCUCGCUUGUCGCUUGGCUGGCUGAAGUGGACUGCAUUAACAAGAGCAAGCGAAACAAGGCAGUAAUGCCCCACGCCACAAAGUGCUUCAAGAAAUAUCAACCGCCACCAGAUGACGUGAAGAGAGCAAUGAGUGGAGAUUGCAUGAAAAGUCAGCAAGGGAAAUUACUUAUGUUUUGCACGCUGGAGGACAUGGGACUUGUUAAUAAAGAUGGCACUGGUAAUAUGGACAAGGUCAAAAAAUUCCUGGCUGUCAUCUCAAAUAACCAAUCAGAGAGGAAAAAAUUGGAAAAAUCCGCGGAAGAAUGUAACAAGAUGGCUGCAGCCUUGAAACCGAUGAAGAUUGAAGAUAAAGUAACUGAGCUCUGCAACUGUCUUCACGAUGCUGGAGCGUUCUAAGUCUGAGAAAAAACUACCAACUCCACAACAGGUGAUAACGUCAGAAAAUUAUAAUUUUCAAUUUAUUCUAUCUUGUAUGUUUUUAUAAAAUAAAAUCUUUAACAAUUUUACAUGAAUAGGCAACAAGUGGAAUUAACUUACGUGUAACAACAGUAACUUAUAUCAAAUCCAUAUUUUGAAAACAUAUGUACUUUCUACAAUUUACUUGUUGGUGUUUCUUUGUAAUCAAUAAAACAACGUUCUGCUCUGUCACUAAA